UGGCGGCUGUGGGCCAUGUGGCGCAGGCCUUAUGUCUUUCGCGGACCUAAAGAUGCCAUCUGAGAACAUUAACAUCAGCAUCAACGGCACCAGGGAGUCGAUGAAAUCCAACAUGAAGUUAUCCCAAACACUACAUGGAAUCUAUGAUGAUGCGUCAACUAGUGGGCCACAUGGGAUGUGUGACAUCUUUGAUGGGAGGUGGGUCUAUGAUCCAACGGCUUAUCCUCUUUACCAAGCAACGCAAUGCCCGUUCCUCAGCGAUCAAGUGAGUUGUCAGAAGAACGGACGGCCAGAUUCCGAGUACGAGAAUUGGAAGUGGGAAGCCAGGAAGUGUAACAUUCCUAGGUUUGAUGGGAGGGAAAUGCUAGAGAGAUGGAGAGGAAAGCGUAUAAUCAUCGUAGGAGACUCGCUCAACAGGAACCAAUGGGAAUCUCUCUCUUGCCUCCUCUACUCCGUACUCCCUCCCACACGUGUCUACGUCAACGUGCGACGAGCUGUAUACAAGGUCUUCCGAGCCAUGGACUACAAUUGUACGGUCGAGUUUUUUUGGAGCCCAUUUCUUGUCCAAAUGGAGGAAUUGAAACAGAAAGUGAUGAAGCUGGACACUAUUUCAGCCUCGGCCCAGCAAUGGAGAGGGGCAGAUAUCAUGGUUUUCAACACCGGUCAUUGGUGGGUCCACCGUGGGAAGCUGAAAGCGUGGGAUUUCUUCGAGAAUGAAGGGAAGCUGGUAGAGAAUAUGGAGGUGGAAACGGCGUACGAGAUAGCCAUGAAAACGUGGGCCCACUGGAUUGAUCACAACGUGGACCCUGCUAAUACAACUGUCUUUUUCAGAAGCAUCUCACCUGAGCAUAAAAGGGGGAAACAAUGGUGCUACAACCAAACGCAACCAAUCAUGGACAAAUCCUAUGUGAACCACUAUCCCAAGCGCAUGAUAGGAAUAGCAGAGAGUAUACUUGGAGAGAUGAAAAUACCAGUCAGGUACUUGAACAUCACAAAGCUAUCCGAGUACCGAAGAGAUGCCCACGCUGCACUGUACACGGCAAGGCAAGGAAAGCCACUGACGGAGGAGCAGAGAAGACAGCCCAAGGCCCAUGCCGACUGCAGCCACUGGUGCCUGCCUGGCCUGCCGGAUACAUGGAACACACUAAUGUACGCCUCUACCGUCCUUGAAACAUCUGAAGAGAUUUUAUAGUCUCUCUCUCUCUCUCUCUCUCUCUCUCUCUCUCUCAUUAAACCACCCACCAUCCAUUCAUUUUGGUGGGGCUACCCUGUUUGCUAAUCAUUUUUCUUUGUUCAUAUGAAGUCAUGACACAUGCGAUAUAGAAUAUAGCUAGAAAUAUUUGAUCAAAUAUAUGAUCAAUGAAUUCCCUGAUGAAUGUGGACCAUCAGCUAAAGCAUUCAUUGGCAGACCACAAAAUGGACAGUUAAGAUAGCCUGAUAUGGGCAAUACUCAAUUACCCAUAAAUAAUGAUGUCCAUCAGAUGGAUGGUCCGGAUCAUCCAAAUGUAGGUUCAACCGGGUGUCCAUGUAAACCCAGGAAACUCCACCAAAUGGCAGAAUCAGACUAGCAAGUCCGCUAUUUUGUGUUAUUACCCUACAACGCUAGCACUGAAUCCGACUAGCAAGAGCUCAAGGAUAGUAGUUGCAAUUCCAAGUACAAUGCAGAAUGUAUCUAGCAAAAUCUACAAUGUCU